AUGGAGUUCAAUAGCUUGACCAAUGGUGAGGUGCUGAAGAUUGACAACACACUGACGGCCAUGGGAUACGAGAACAACGUUGAUUUGAGAAAUAAAAUGGGAUGGAUGAUCGACGAGAUGGGCAAAGUAUCAGCAAUGGCACAAGAGUUAAGGUCACCGAUCACCAGCGCAGAAUUGCUCAUAAAUUCCGAUCACGUCCUCUACAUGAUGAUCGAACACAAUACUUCAGCGAAUUUUGUUGUUGUUGGCAUUUUAAAGACGGGAUGGAAAAAAUUAUGUCUCUACAACAAGGCUGUAGGAUCGUGUAAAGAAACAAUGGUCUACUGUUUGUUGGAUUUCUACGUCCACGAAUCUAGACAGCAUAAGGGUUAUGGAAAAUAUCUGAUCGAUUACAUGCUACAGGAUAUGCAUUUACGUGCCAAAAAUUUGGCUAUAGAAAAUCCGACUAAAAACCUAUUAGAGUUUAUGUGGAAACAUUUUCAAUUGUCUAAACUAGUAAACCAGGGAAACUAUUUCAUAGUCUAUGAGGAGUUUUUCGAUGAUGCAUUCAACGAAAGGAGCCAUAACGAUGGCGGAAAUGGAACAUUAACAUCACCAUGUACUUGUCAACCCAUGUUAGGACGUCCUGAAACACAAAAACAUCACGAAACGAGUGGCGAAAUUGUACAAGGCAAUCCUUCAUUUUCGGAGUUGAAUAAUUAUUACAACCCAAGGAUCAAUUUUGUUGAAAGCCAGUUUAAAGCAGCGAAUGUAAUUCAAAAUGCACAGCAGGAUAGAAAUCCAGUGACACGAGAUCAAAUAUUCCACCAGACCUAA